UGUCAGCCCCCGUUAUCCGUGUUUCGUUGUUGUUUUUCUCACAACAACAACCUAAAGGUUCUCCGUUUAGACAUGCUUGCGGUAGAUAUGAGGGCAGGAGAUUUGCUGAUAACUGCAGAACCAUACGUAUAUGUACUUUCGAACAAGUUUCGUGCCAGGUUAUGUGAUUCGUGUUUGGGCAGGUUUGACCGCCUCAGCCGCUGCUCCUGCUGCAAGUUUGUCCGUUAUUGCUCACGAAGUUGUCAGGAUAAUGACUGGACUGACCACAGGCUGGAGUGCAAAGCCUUGCAAAAAGUGGCUCCAAAUGUACCAACUGACAGUGCUCGACUCAUGGCCAGGGUGAUAUGGAAACUGAACAGACUGGAGAUGACAGCUGAGGAGACUCACUAUGCUUGCAACAUUCCCCUGAGAGGCUUCAAUGACCUGAUGACGCACUGUGAAGACAUAAAGCGCGACGGGCUCAGAGGCAAACAGUUUGGGGAGAUGGUGCGCACGCUACGCGAGUAUGUGAGACCUGAGGACAUGCCAGAACCACGUGACCUGCUGCACAUCUUCGGGCGGAUUGUCAUAAACUCGUUUACGCUAACAGACAUGGAGCUUAACCCCAUUGGAGUUGGUUUGUACCUAGGGCCAUCAGUCAUUGACCAUUCUUGUCAGCCGAAUAUGGUAACAACGUUUAUCGGCCCAGUUCUUCAGCAAAGGGCCAUCAGUGAUAUUCCUGGAGGAUCCUACACACAUGAUGCCCUGAAACGAAGCACGAAGUGUGGAAACGUGAGCUGUACGGGUGCCGUAACACGGGCAGCUGAUCUGAGUUUCUACCCAUGUCAAGUAUGUGGCUUCACAAACUUUGAUGCUACCUAUCACAAACAAGUGGAAAAAGCAGAGAAGAUGACUCAGGAAACACUACUCAUGAUCGAGAACAGUGGUGGACAGGAUCCGGCCCUGGUGCUGCAGCAGUGUGAGUCCUGCCUGCGGCUGCAGCGGCAGGUCAUGCACCCGCUGUGCGUGAACUACGUGCGCGUUCUCGACAAGGCGAUGGACGCCUGCAUCGACCAGCAGCUGUGGGAGCAAGCCGUACAAUACGGACUACAGACGAUCGAGUGCUACAGGCGGUUUCAUCCCACGUACGAUCCUAACGUUGGCCGGCAGCUGAUGAAGAUAGGGAAGCUUCAGCUGUAUCUGGAGCACCUGGAAGAUGCUCUUACUCAUCUGCAACAGGCUGAUGAGAUCCUCGUCAUAUCCAUGGGUGCUGAGAGUCCUCUCGUAGUUGAGCUGAAAGCAUUGCUGGAGCAAUGUGCCACUCAGCUGUGCAUGCGGCACAGCCUGUAAAUGGUAUCUUAGGCCGCAAAUGACAUUAAAGAAUGUCACUAGUGUCUCGGUGUGUCACCAGUUUCAGUGUCCAUCCCUGGUAUCCCAGCCUGUCACUAGUAUCUCAACCUGUCACCCAUAUCCCAGCCUGUCACAGGUAUCCCAUCCUGUCACCGGUAUCCCAGCCUGUCACCGGUAUCCCAGCCUGUCACCCAUAUCCCAGCCUGUCGCCUGUAUCCCAGCCUGUCACCCGUAUCCCAGCCUGUCACCCAAUGUCACCGGUAUCCCAGCCUGUCACUAGUAUCCCAGCCUGUCACCCAUAUCCCAGCCUGUCACCGGUAUCCCAGCCUGUCACUAGUAUCCCAGCCUGUCACCCAUAUCCCAGCCUGUCACCCGUAUCCCAGCCUGUAACUGGUGUCACAGCCUCGUUAUGGGGCCACGUCUAGUAUCACGUCGUAUAUCCUGUCGCCCCUUGAAAUUUAUCUUGUUUGUGUAACUCAACAAUGUGCCAUGCUAAAUUGCAUAACUAUAAAACUGCAUAAAAUGCACCCGUAGUUGUGUGCCUCUCUGUAUGGCAAUGGUGUUACAGAAAUGUAGAAGUGGUAUAGUUUAGUGGGUGUUGUAUAGGCAUUAUAACAAUGUUUAUAGAACGUUAGCUUUGAAAAUAAACACGACUGGGGUGUAAGGAAAAGGCAGUACAGUGAAUGUGGCAAUCAUUACUUAGCACUUUGGGAGAAAAAAAAGACAUUAGGCAGGCCACGACUUUUUUAUUGUAACCUACCUAGUCUGUGAGGUUUAGAAAUGACGAGUAAUAGUGACGAGAAUGUGAGUUAAUAGCCUUAGACAGUAAAAUACAGUAACUGUCCUUGUGAUGUUUGAUGAGCAUGGCCUCCAUCUGCCCCUAUCCUGAGAUACAUAUUCAGCCAUGUUGUACAGUAGAUCUAGAGCAUUAUAAGUGGAUUUCUGGCUAUUACAAUAAUGAUGUGUAAGAGCAAAGUUCGGAAAAAAUGUGAAUGUUGAAAAGCACUCAAGAUAUAGUAGUAAGAAGGACAUCACCGUGGCUAUUGAGUUUGUCUCUUUGAGGUGAUGCAUGCUUCUGCUUGUUCUAGUACUUGUGCACUAACAUAAAGGUGCAUAUUGUAAGCAGAUACUGAACGAACAAUGACAUCUCUCUCCAACAACAAUUUCUACCUCAAACAACAAAGGUAAACUCGUAGUCUAAAAGAGAAGGCAAGCUUAACAUGUUCAUUUUCUGCAUACAACGCCCAACGCAAUGCCGGUGAGUGGCUGUAAUGGGAGUUCCUACUGAUUGCCAUUUGUGUUCUAUUGCACCAGGAAGUUUUCAUUGAAAUAGGUUUUUUUGGCUUCAUUUGUUAAGUCAAUGUAUUAGGUGCAAGAAUUGGCAAGUUAUUUUAUGAAUGAACCUGCUCUUGCAUGUGGCGACUAGUGACUACACAAAAUAAUUUGCCACACACUCGUAGUGUGACCUUAUUUAUGUUUAAUUCAAAUAGUGGUAUAGAUUGCCAUAGAUUACAGGUAGAAAGCUAUGCUACGCAAUACUGUCUAAUGUUGUUGGUAUCCGAUGUUAAUGAUCUCAAGAAAGAAAGGACCUACAAGGCUCAUGUUUAAGGCAUAGGCUUGUAGAAAAAAUUCACCCCAUAUUGGAAUAUGGAGGUCACGGGUCAAAAAUCAGUUAAUAAAAGGGAAGAUAAGGAAAGAAUAUUUUAAGAAAAAGUCAAACGGACCCUGAAAAUCCAUUUUUAGCAGAGGAGAUUUGUUUUGUUGUUUGUCAUUAGUUUACAUGAGAUAUUCGUUUUACUGGUACUAUAUGAAAAGUAUUCACCCGGUGACUUGUACUGAACUUUUAAUUUCUUUGCCUCUCAAGAAAUAAGCUGAUGCCUGUCAUGCUCAUCUGAUUGUUCACAUGUAGGGCACAAUUUCCAAGUUGUUAGCUAAGCCAGAAGCCAGAAGCUUUUUAAAAACAUUUUUAUUUUACAUAUUCAUUUGAUUUAAUUAUUUCUGGUUGGCUGCAAAGAAGUUUGACGACUGUGUAAAACAGUAACAGAAACAAUACGUGCUUUAUAUGUGGCUGGCUGAUUUGAUCAGCUGAAACACGGGCAAAAUUGAAAAGGCGCUGACAAUUUGCGUGAUUCUUUUGAUAACACAAGUGCUUAGAAAGUUGACUAGAACUCGAGGUUUACUAUAGCCAUAAUGAUAGUACAAAUAUGAAAAUGUGCAAAUGAACCCAAUAAGUCUUCAUGUUGUGCAUGAGCUGUAGCAAUGCGGACUGUACAGUUUUCUAACCGGUGCUAUAUGGAUGAACGACUGAAAUUGAUUUUACAACAGUCCGUUUCUGUUACUCGGGUCAUGGUGCAGUUUUCAGAUCAAUAACUAGAAAAGCACUAUUUUUUGUAUCUAGAUUUCCAAUGUGUAACAGAUAUAGUUACAUGUAGUUUUUCAUGUAUCCAGAGGUAAUAUCAGAUUUAAUGAUCCACAGUAUAAUAAGAGAUCCUGACUUUAGGAUUAUUGUUUGAACAAAGGACAGACAUAAUAUCAGCAGUACAAAAUUAUCUGACUAUCUUUUAUGAACUUCUGAUAAAAUGUACUUUUUUCGUUUUUAGUGUAACUAAAACAUUAUACGACCUUAUGUCUUGUUUAUUGGAUGCUUAUAACGUGUGAUAUGAUAUUGUUCAAGUUGUGUAAUUUUGCUUUUGUGAUAUUUUUCUCAAAAUGACAGCCAAGCUCCUGUAGUGUACUGGCUAGUGACUCAGGCCUGUCGUCUCACUAAAACAGCAGUGUUUCUUUGCAUGUAUGCGCAAGCUGUACGACUGUUGAGAGAAAUUGAGAAUCUGCGACAGACCUAUAUUGUAUGGAGUGUACAGGGCAUCUGUGAACGUCAGAUACGGCUUCAAGAUACGUGUAGCGCGUAGAGGAUGAGUAGGUUUUAUCAUAGGUAGUUACUCGAGGUUUGACUUCGGCUAGUCACAGAUGUAUUCACUUUGCUGGGUGUGCGAUCAUGUGAGGUAUUUCGUACCAAAGUUUGUGAUGUUUUGUAAUCAAUAAGGUUAUUUGGUGUACUCAGAAAUGCACUGCGUGUGAUGUAUUUCUGGUGAGUAAUGUAGGUAUAGCAUGCGAUAGAAAAUGAGCUGAAGGUGUUAUGUUUUCUAAGGUUAUGAGGUGUAAUGUAGUUAUAGUUUGCAGUAGAGUCAAUUCACUGCCGACGUUAGUUGCCUCUCUUGAGGUACCCGGCACAGGGUGGAGUAGCCGAGUGUCAUAAGUCAUAGUUAAGAAAAUGUGUCUCUGACAUGGGCAGACCAGAACACAGUUAGCUCAUUGUGUUGCUACCACUUUUAAAAGCGUGAAACAAGCUACAGAUAUAUAUAUAUAUAUAUAUAUAUAUAUGCAUGUGAACAUAUUAAGACUUUAAAUAUGUAAGCGUUUCUAUCAGUUGUGUUCCUGCUAUGAUGCCAUUUGUGGAUUUUCGAAAAGCGUCAGUAAAUAGCAGAAAUGAGUAGCAUAUGAGUUAGAAUGAGUAAAGCAGUUGCUAAUCAUUGGUUUUUAUGUACCAACGUUUGGUACAUGCACUGUAUAGUUCCAAUUUAGAUUAGUUCAAUAUGCAUUUUUUUUAUGCUGUUGAGUAAUUGGCCACAUUUAGAAUAUACAGUAUAACAUUUUCAUUAAGAUUUAUAGCAUUCAACUUGCCAACACUAAAGACUAGAGUCAUGUAAUGUUGGUAUUCGUGCGUCCCUCGUACACGUCAGUAUAGCUGAUAGGGUCUAUGUCCCCCAGGGUACUGCUGGAACGUACCCUGGGUACGGUCCGGUAUACCAGAACGU